AUGUCGGACUUUAGAACUUCCCCAUCACGAAGAUCAGUUUCGCCAAUGGUGAAAUCAAAAAACCUCAAAGUGAUGACCGCACAAAACGAAGCCAGUCAUUACAGUGACCCAGAAAAUGACGAUGUUUUAGACAAUGAUGAAGAAACCAAAGAAGUGGCGGCUCAACUUAUGAUGAUUAGAAAAAGACAUGAUAGAACUAAAGAAGCCAAUAAUAAAAAGAGGCAAUAUUUAGAAAAAAUAAGAAAAGAAUUAGAAAAAGCUAAUUCUGUUGCAAGUAUUGCAGAAAAUGAUUCAAAAAAUUUGCAAGGAAGAUUGGAGCAAUUAAAAUUGUCACUUGAAAAUACGAGAAAAAAGCAUGAAGAUGAAAUUAGAGAUAAAAAGACGUAUUUGCAUGUUCUAGAUAGGAUGAAAAAAGAUAAAAUUUCAAUGGAAAUGAAAGAGCAAGAGAUUUAUUUUAUUUUUUUAAAAUGUUAAUAAUUUUUUUAUUAUUUUUAUAAUUUUUAUAUAAUUUUUAUAUUAUUUUAUAUAUUUUUUCAUAUUUUUAUACAACCAACAAAUGAAAGCAAACUCGUUACAAAUUGGCUUAAAAUCUGCUAAACAAAUUUUAGACUUGGAAACAGAAAAAUAUCGAAAAAUGAGAGAAACAAAAUACCAGUCAAGAUUUUUAUUGCAAGAUAUGAAAGAAGGACUAAUGCAAGAAAAAAAACAGAAAGAUGACCGCAUACAGCAGCUAGAAAAAAACGUAAAACUUCGCCAAGAAGCUGCAUUAAGAAGAGAAGAGCGCCAAAAACGCCAAGCAGAUAUAGCAGAAGCAGCCGCAAACGAUGAUAAAGAUUCCCACGAAGUCAAACUAAGAGAAAGUCUCCUUAUGCAUAGAUUUUGGUAUACUGUGCUACAAAGGAAGCUAGAUGCAGAAAUGCAAAAAGCUAUAGGUGUUGAGCAGGCCUUUCAGAAAAUAAGGGCAGCAACAGGCUUAAUGGAUGUCCAGGAAAUUGUAGAAAGAUUUUUAACUCGUGAACAAACUUAUAAUCAGCUAUUAAACGCCGUUUCUGAAGCAGAAAUAAAGCUAGAUACUUUACGGCAGCAAAACGGUGCAGCCAGAAAUCAAUUGAAAGGCCUUCAACUUGAGGAUGGGGGGAAUACAAGAAAAGUCUACGCAGAUAUUGAUGCAAUGGAAGAUCAGCUGGCUGGAUCAUAUAAAGAAUAUUCCAAUAAUAAAGAAAAACUAAAUAUACUUUUCAUAGAAAAUGAAAAUUAAGUUAUCAGUCGUUAGUUCCUAUUUCUAUUAAAAAUAAGAAAAUUAUGAUAAUUUAUAGCUUUUAGCUAUUAUAAGUAGACAUAAAGCAACAAGGGUGUAUGACCAAGUCUUAAAUUGGGGCGAAAAAAUCAUGCAUACCCUUGACAUCCCAAAUUCCUUAGAAAUAGCUCCAGGAAACCGAAUUUCUGAAUCAAAAAAUACUCUUCAUGAUAUGCUUGAGCUUAUUUAUUCUAAACUAGAAGACCUUGUACAGCCAAUACAAGAAAGAAAAGAAGAGUCAAGAAAAGCUAUGGAAAUUUAUGCACAUAAGAAAACUUCUGAUUUAGUGGUAAAAAAUAUUUAGGCUGAAAUGAGCACCCAAGAAGCCCUUUCUAAAAUUGUUAGAGUAAAGCCUGAGUUUUUCAACCCAGAAAGUGAAGAAGAAGCCCAGCUUUUUGAAGCUGAAGAGGAGCCAGAGCUUGAUAUUCUGGCUUACCAUUAUUAAUUCGAAUUUUCUUAAAAACUAAAAAAUACCCAGCCAUAUUUUUUACAGAGCCUGGCAGUAAUAUUUCCAAGCCAUCAUAAAAAUGAUUUAAAAGAAGAAUCCGCAAGGAAAAAAAAUUCCACCAGAAAACAUAAAUAA